AUGGGAGCUGAGCGGAGGCGCCUCACUACGGGUCACCUUUCACGGGCGAUUAGUGUCGGAGCAGAGGCGCGCUCUCGUCUGUCGGCCCUGCUUAUUGUGAAGAUCAGCGGCAAUCAGCUUCUCCUGCGCACCCGCUCCCUCUCAUCCGAGCUCCGAGCCUCCAUCGGCCCGCGCCCUGGCCACAACUGGAUCCCAGUCUCCCCCUGA